CGUCAAGCAGCAGCCUGGUUGGAGGUGUCCUUAGAUACUGCACCUCACUUCCUCCGUGCUAUUAUCAAAUUAGCGGCAUAUUCGAGCCCAUGAGUUCCUGUUUUUCAUGAAGCAUUCCAUGCCAGCAAAGUGGAAAUGCUUCGCGGUUGGUAUCUCAUGGUCUUAAUCUCUCCGCCGGCUUCCUCGAUACCAGAAUUCAUCAUACCUUUCCCUGGCUUAUUGGCUCGGCCUAUCACCAAAGUAUCAUAUAUUCAGAAUGGGUGAUGAAGUUCGACUUCGUGCGGCCUGUGACCGAUGUCACUCGCAGAAGAUCAGAUGUCCCAGGACUAGUGGGUCAAUGAUAUGUGGCCGCUGCAUGAAAGCUCGAACACCGUGUACAUUCAGGCCAUUUCGGCAGAAGAAGCCCCCUGAAGAAAACGCCGAUGAGGAGACAGUUGCAGCUGUGAUGACCCCGCAUCCCCAAGGCCGUACGCCAGAGGGAAAUUCUGAUAUACUUGACCUUGUGGGUCAGAAAAGAAAGCGUGUGGAUCAGGACAUUGUUCCAUCAAGUGAGUGUCUAAUCGACUGUUUUUCUCCUGUCAUUUGAUCUAAAUAUCGCAGGCUCUUUAUAUGGUGUUGAUUUAACCGAUCCUCCAGUCCAGAUCGUCAAUGUUGACAGUGACCUUCUUGGUCUUGACUGGAUGACGACCCCAUUUCCCACAGAAGACUUUGCUUUAGAUAAUACCUUUAACAGCUUCGUCUUUGGCAGUCCCAUCCAGUGUCCUCCUAUCGACUUCAACAUACCGGUCCCUGAAGAUCUGAACGUUUUGGCAGCUACGAACGAAGUGCAAUGUCGGAGAAACGCCAACCUUGAUGGUUCUCUCCUAGGGAUCUCCAAUCUCCCACCUAGUGAAAGCGUGUCCCGGCCAAAGACUAGUAGCAGCUCACGUGGUAAUAUCCAAUAUGCCUGGCCGUAUGGGGUAAAAUAUCCAGAGCCAGAUUCGGCUAGAAGCUUCGUAAGGAAGCUCUCGCAGCUCAACGUCGACCUCUCGGAUCACAAAGCCACGCUACCACCACUCUCAAUACAUGAUGAUCUGGCACCAGAUCUUGAUGUUGCGUGCUCGCAAAGCGAUGGAUAUGUUCUGGAAGACACCUUCAGAUUGACGCAAAGCUUGAUCGAGAUUUAUCCCGGGUUUCUGCAUGUAUUCGUCAACCCAACGCCAUCCACUCAAUCCACCACACCAGACUCCAACUGCUCAAGCAAUGAUAUCUCCGAGAAUAAUAGACGAAGUUCUUCUUCAGGCACAGCCUCAUCCACUACAUCGUCGAAUGCGAAGCAGCCGUUGGACCAUGCUUCCAUCUUACUUCUGAUAUCUUGCCAUCUCCGAGUGGUGGAAAUCUACGACACGCUGUUCAAGCACAUGGAUGUCUGUGUCAGCCAGAGAGGAAUGGCCAAAAACGCCAGGCAAGCAGCAAUAUCAGCACCCACACUCUCUAUCGGCAGUUACACCCCUCCACCAUCUUCAGCAGUACCGAUGCAGAUGCUCCUCCUCGUCCAGUUUGCCUCUCAGCUCUGCAGUUAUGCAAUCGACCUGGCAUCAGAGAUUCCCUGCCCGCAAGACGCCCCAAACUCUUCACAGCAGAUAGACUCGACGUUGAAGUUGACUAAAGCUGCUGCUGAAAACGUCAAAGAUCGGGCGAGCUACAUGUCACAAAGACUUAGCGAUCUACGAGCAGGAUUGUUGAACUUGGGGCUCCUUGCUUGAACGAACUGAAAAUCGAGGAUAACCUUGGAAUCAUAUUUUGCAGAUUCUGAGCAAGGGAGGGUGGACAAUGAUACCAGAAUGCGCGUGCUCAACAUUUACAAUGCAAUAAAUCUCUAGCAAAAGACAUCCCUCCAACUAUUCAUGAGAGUAAUGAACACUCCGGACCAAGGCAGACUCGGUCGAUUUGGAAGACUAUACUCGCCCCCAGAGUUCUAGCACUGAGUCGCAAAGGCUAAAGCUGUCGUCGAGAGUGUAGUGAUAUUCUAGACUGCAGUCUUGCGCAUCAUCGGUUUUCCUGCCUAUUAUUCACACUCCCUAGAAACUUGUCUAAAUUGUCUGAGACAGAAAAUCCAAAUCAACAUCCUUACUUUCCUGCUGAUUUGUGGCAGUCUGGUUUAAAUAUUUCAUGAGAAAGUUGAAGUCUGCAUGCAUAAUGGACUGGAAAAUACACAGCAUCUGUAUGAGACAAUAGACUAUGCAUGCCGCCAACCAUUUUCUGCCAACACGGGUAAGAACUGUUCGAUGGUUCAGACCACUAGACCAUCUGACUCCUUCCACAAUCCCUCCGCUGUCUCCCUACAUCCACACGAAAGCCCCCCAGUAGUCUUCUCAACAACCAAAUCAACCUUGAACAACAUACUGCUUCUCCUUCUUGAACUGCGAGACAGUGGAGUUCGUCAAAUUGAGGGUAUCCAUGAUGAUCUGCGGCGGGGUAAGUCCAACCCAUUGCCCGACGGAGAUAUCGGAGAAAUGAUCCGCCUGGAGAACCUCGAUGAACACAACAUCGUCGGAGCCAAUGUUUUCGACAUAGUGCGUCAUGUCUUUUGGGAUGUACCCGCAGUCGCCGGCGUGGUAAUUGAAGGUGCGAGCAUUGCCUUGGGUGGC